GUUUCAAAAUCAAUGAAGAUUGCCCCACCCUGUCAGUGAAGUUGCGGAGGAGAAUUAAUUGAUAUAAUAAUGAUGAUAAUGCCAUCUGCCAUAUUUCCUGCAGCUUCGAAGAAGAAAUCUUUCCGUUCUGGUAAAUAAAAUGUCCCAGAAAGCCAAUUAUGAAAGGGUGUCACCAGCAGUUGACAGGAUGGAGAGAUUUACUGACAGAGAAAUAAGCAUGAUAUUUGUCUGCCAAACCUGUGGCAAAGGGUUUCUCAAUGAGGCAGAACUCACCCAACAUAAUCUAUCUGGUCAUACAAGCCAAUCACAGACCUGCAAUAAAACAAGUUCAGAAGGUGAUACCAAAGACGCGGAUAAUGACGACAAAGCAAAUAUGGAAGGCGUUGGUACCCAGAGCGACGAUAGCCGAUCUGGGUCAGCCAUUGAUAGCGGAAGGGCUAGCGAUGGGCAAGGAGAAAACUAUUCAACCUUUGAAAUCGAAUUGAUUACAUACGAGCUGCCGGGCAAAGCCCAGAAUCAAGGGUUGCCUCAUCGAAGUAUGCUCAAAACACCAAGGAAGAAAAGAAUGUUUAAAUGUACUAUAUGCUUAGAAGAGUUUACUAAAAAGAAGGAACUGACUUCUCACAUGUUAGUCCAUCCAGGUGCACCAGAGGCCAAUGUUAAAAAUACCAAGUGCCAAAUUUGUGACAAAACCUUCUCGCAUAGCUCUGCCCUAGUAAAACACCAACGGAUACAUAGCGGCGAGAAGCCGUUCAAGUGUGACGUAUGCGAUAAAGCGUUCAACGCCAUGUGUAACCUUGUGACACACAAGCGGACGCACAGCGGCGAAAAGCCGUUCGUAUGUAAGAUUUGCGGAAAGAGUUUCAGUGUUCAGUGCAACCUAACCACUCACGCGCGGAUACACAGCGGUGAAAAGCCCUACCGCUGCGAUUUGUGCGACAAAAGUUUCACUGUUUAUCAUAAUAUGUUAAUUCAUAAACGAACUCACAGUGGAGAGAAACCGUAUUCAUGCGAUGUUUGCCAAAAACAGUUUAGUGUUCAGUGUAACCUUAUCACGCAUAUGCGCACACAUUCGGGGGAGAAGCCAUACGAAUGUAAAUUAUGUGGGAAAAAUUUCCGCGCGCAGUGCAACCUAAACACCCACAUGCAUGUUCAUAGUGAUGAUAAGCCGCACGUGUGCGAUGUUUGCGGGAAAGGAUUUGGCCGCACCGUUGGCCUGGAAAGACACCGCAAGACGCAUCUUAGGCCAAAGAAAUUCGAAUGCCCGAUCUGCAAGCAGAUGUUUCAAAGCAAGAACACAUUGAAGAAGCACCAAGAUACCCAUGCAACGUUUAUAAGUAUUUCAUCGCCAGAAACCGAAUCGAAAGACGAAGCGGGUCUCACAGAGGAAUCUAAUGAAGAGAAGGGUGACACGUUUACCGUUGGGAUCCAGCCUCUUAAUGGAAACGAGAUUGAGAGCGAGAGCGCGGCUUCCGCUCGAACUGAAACGGAUGAACUUGUCAGUUAUUGAUAAAUAGAUAUAUUCAUUCAUUAAGUUUAUAGUAUAAAAUCAGAAGUAUUAUUUUUAGUAACUGCUAUUAAAGUUUAUACGUAAUAGUGAAUAUUGGAAUUAGGAUCAAGUUUCAGUAUAACUGUUAUCUUUGAUUUUGACUAUUAAGUAUACAUAAGAUUUUCAUAGAAAUAGUCAGUGCUUUGUCUGCUUCUUCUAGACUCUGAGACGCUGUUCAUGUCCCUGAGACGUGUACCCCAAAGUGAUAUUUUGGUGUAAAGCGGUCCAACUUUGACCAUUUUAAGCAAAUCUAAAACAGUUCCCUUCGAUGGCGUCCUUCUAGCCAGUUUCAGAAUUUAUUUUUCAUAUUCAAACUUAAAAAAUUUGUCUUCACAAAUGCCUCGGUAAUUAUUAAUGCAUCUGCUUUGCAAUGUUUCAGGAAUUUUCUGAAUACGAAAUAAAAAAUCCUGUAAAACUUUUUUGCCACUUUUAAACUUGUAAACUAUGUAAUAUAUAGAGCUAAUAUCCAAUAUCUGCAAUUUCAAUAAUAGAUUCUAAAAAUAUAUUUUUAUGGCGUCGACACUUCGGUACUCUAUUCUUCUAAUAAUUGUUAAUUAAGUCUUUGAGGAAUUUGACACAGGGUGUAGUAGAGGCAGGAGUUUAAUAUAAGAUUAAAAAUGUUUAACUGGCUACCGAAUUGGUUUUGCAUUAAUGAAAUUGAGUUUAACUGUUUUUGUGAUUUAAU